CUUGCUUCCAACCCUGGCUCAGGGCGUCCUAACCAGGCCCGGUAGCCUCUGGGGCAGACUUAGGCCAGAGGCUGCUCACAUGGGCCUGCCUGGGGCUUGAGGUCGGCCUCUGGGGCCUUCCUGCUCAGACUGGAGUCUUCAUGCUGAGUAGAGCGGUGUGUGAACACUUGAGGCCUGCAGGGGAGGGAGGCCCAGGGAACCUUCUGCUCAGCGCCUAGGCGGCCAUUUCUCGGAAGAAACGGUGUUUGUGGAACCUGAAGCUAUCAUGGGAGAUGAAGAUUGGGAGGCAGAAAUCCUCAAACCUCAUGUGUCUUCCUACGUUCCUGUAUUUGAGAAGGAUAAAUAUUCUUCUGGGGCAAAUGGAGACACUUUUAACAGGACUUCAGCUUCAUCAUCAGAAAUGGAAGAUGGACCUUCUGGAAGAGAUCAUUUCAUGAGAAGUGGAUUUUCCUCUGGAAGAAAUUUAGGAAACAGAGAUAUUGGCGAGUCUAGUAAAAGAGAGACUACAUCUACAACCGGUGGCUUUGGAAGAGGAAAGGGUUUUGGAAACAGAGGUUUUUUAAAUAACAAGUUUGAAGAAGGUGACAGCUCUGGUUUCUGGAAAGAGUCUACUAAUGACUGUGAAGAUACUCAGACUCGGAGCAGAGGGUUUUCCAAGCGAGGCGGCUAUCCAGAUGGGAAUGAUUCGGAAGCUUCAGGCCCAUUCAGAAGAGGUGGAAGAGAUAGUGAAUAUGACCAAGAUCAGGGAUCACAGCGUGGUGGUGGCCUUUUUGGUUCUAGGAAACCAGCAGCAAGUGAUUCAGGCAGUGGUGACACUUUCCAGAGCAGAAGUGGGAAUGGCCGAGGUGGCUACAAAGGCUUAAAUGAAGAAGUAGUAACAGGCUCUGGAAAGAAUUCUUGGAAGUCAGAAGCUGAAGGAGGCGAAAGCAGUGAUAUUCAAGGUCCAAAAGUGACAUAUAUACCCCCUCCUCCACCAGAGGAUGAGGACUCCAUCUUUGCACAUUAUCAGACAGGCAUAAACUUUGAUAAAUAUGAUACCAUACUUGUUGAAGUAUCUGGACAUGAUGCACCACCGGCAAUUUUGACUUUUGAAGAAGCGAAUCUCUGCCAGACCCUGAAUAACAACAUUGCUAAGGCUGGCUAUACCAAGCUCACUCCUGUGCAGAAGUACAGCAUUCCCAUUGUGUUAGCAGGAAGAGAUUUGAUGGCUUGUGCUCAAACAGGGUCUGGGAAGACGGCAGCUUUUCUCUUGCCUAUUUUGGCUCAUAUGAUGAGGGAUGGAAUAACUGCCAGUCGCUUUAAAGAACUGCAGGAACCAGAGUGUAUUAUUGUAGCACCAACUCGAGAAUUGAUCAACCAAAUUUAUUUGGAAGCCAGAAAAUUUUCUUUUGGGACUUGUGUAAGAGCUGUUGUCAUAUAUGGAGGAACCCAGUUUGGGCACUCAAUUCGACAGAUAGUACAAGGGUGUAAUAUAUUAUGUGCUACUCCAGGGAGGCUGAUGGAUAUCAUAGGCAAAGAAAAGAUUGGUCUCAAACAAGUCAAGUACUUAGUUUUGGAUGAAGCUGAUCGAAUGUUGGAUAUGGGUUUUGGACCAGAAAUGAAGAAGUUAAUUUCUUGUCCAGGAAUGCCAUCAAAGGAACAGCGCCAAACUCUUUUAUUCAGUGCAACUUUUCCAGAAGAAAUCCAGAGGUUGGCUGGCGAGUUUUUAAAGUCAAAUUAUUUGUUUGUUGCUGUUGGGCAAGUGGGAGGAGCUUGCAGAGAUGUGCAGCAGUCCAUUCUUCAAGUUGGCCAGUAUUCAAAAAGAGAAAAACUUGUUGAGAUUCUACGAAACAUAGGCGAUGAAAGAACUAUGGUCUUUGUUGAAACCAAGAAAAAAGCAGAUUUCAUUGCAACUUUUCUUUGUCAAGAAAAAAUAUCAACUACAAGUAUUCAUGGCGAUCGGGAACAGAGGGAGCGAGAACAAGCUCUUGGAGAUUUUCGCUGUGGAAAGUGCCCCGUUCUUGUUGCUACUUCAGUGGCUGCCAGAGGACUUGAUAUUGAAAAUGUUCAACAUGUUAUCAAUUUUGACCUUCCUUCUACCAUUGAUGAAUAUGUUCAUCGAAUUGGACGUACUGGACGUUGUGGAAAUACUGGCAGGGCGAUUUCUUUUUUUGAUACAGAAUCUGAUAAUCAUUUAGCACAACCUCUAGUUAAAGUACUGUCAGAUGCUCAACAGGAUGUUCCUGCAUGGUUAGAAGAGAUUGCCUUUAGUUCAUAUGCGCCUCCCAGCUUCAGUAAUAGCACAAGAGGGGCUGUGUUUGCAUCUGUUGACACUAGGAAGAAUUUCCAGGGCAAGAACACGCUGAACACAGCUGGGAUUUCUUCUGCACAAGCUCCCAAUCCAGUUGAUGACGAGUCAUGGGAUUAAAGCAAACAAGCAUACUGCAAGUCUGAUGGUUUUGAUGCAGAGAAGAAAAACAGUUUUUAUUUUUAAAAUUUUAACAGAAGUGUGAAACCUGAUAUUCUUAUAUCUCCUGUUCUUCUGUUCUUACUCCCAACCCUUAAAAAAUAACCAGCUUCAUGGAUUAGUUAUGCGAAAUGCUGAAGUUACAACAUUGCAGUUACUGAUACAAAUGGUGUUCACUGGAAAUAUUAAAGCAUUCUAUGUUUUGCUUAUUUCUAGUAUAUUCUUCAGAAAGUUAAAGACAUGUUUCAUGUCCAAGUGCUAUGUCUUAGUAUAGUGUUUCUGAUCUAUAAAACAAGCAAUAGGAUAUGGUGUACUCUUGUUUAAUUAUUGGGUCUAAUUUCUACUUGAUCCUUUAAAAGAAUAGUGUGUCAGUACAAUGUAUUAACAUGAUUUUCAUGAAACAGUGGAGACUGAAGCCUUUCAAAGUUAUUUGAUUUUUAGAUCAUCAGACAUGUAAUGAAAAUGGUUCAGUUUGCAAUGUGAGCUCUGUACUUGGUGGUAUGACAAAUGUUUGCUUUUAUAAUAUACAGAUUUUCCUUGGAAAUAAAAGAUGAAACACAUUUCCCCC